GUGACGUCAGUGAGCGGAGCCGUGCUGCAAGUCUGACUGUUUGUGCUGAAUACGGGCGGAAUAACUGUGGCAUGUCGCGGGAAAAGAUUAUUAGAGAUGCCCUAACAAGCUUCAUCCAGUCCUAUAUUCCAGAUGCUGAUCUCAGUUCCAUGGAUGAAGUGUUCGUCUCAUAUGUAACUGGGGUAUUAGAAGAGCUGGGAACUCAAGAGACGUCAGAAGAUGAUUUUGAUAUGGAAACAUUCCUAGAAAUGUUGGAGGGUUACAUUCCAGGGUUUGCAGAAAUUGGAAGCGAUAACGUUUUUGAAAUGAUGUUUGAACUGUCUGGUCAACUAAGUGAAGCACGUAAUAAAGAAAAUGACUCUCUUAAACCAUCAUCGGAGACCUCAGAUGUUGUUCCAGAAUCUGAUGGCACUGUCCCCAGACAAAAUAAAUUACAAGCACCACCAGAAGGAGCAGAGGCUCAGGGAAAAGAUGAACUGCAGAAAAAUAUUGAUGUACUGCUAGAGAUGUUCCCGUGCUGCAGUUUGCGCCAAGCUGAGAAAGUUCUUUCUAUGGCUAAAGGAAACCUGGAAGAUGCAGUUCAUAUCAUAGUAGACAGCGAAGGGCAGCUUAACAAUGCAUCUGAGCCACAGAAGGAAUUACAGAAGGCUCCCAAAAAGGAAGACUUGAAAGACUUUAUAUUAGACAAAUACAUGUUGGUUGACGAUGAGGAGGAUAAAAAGACUCACAGACCACUAAUGCCAAAGGAGGCCCCAAAGAAAAUGAUUCGGUACAUUGACAAUCAGGUGGUCAGCACAAAGGGGGAACGGUACAAAGAUAUGAAGAAGCCUGAGAGUGAAGAAAUGAAGAAAACGUACAUAAAUCUCAAACCUGCCAAAAAGUACAAGUUCCACUGAAGUCAUUGAGACCUUUGCUGGCUUAUGUGCACUGGAUAGGUAGAGAACCCGGCUCUGGCAGCACCAGAGAAUCUCAUUGUUGGCUACAUUUUUAAAUGUAAUGAUUGUUUACUUGUGAUGGGGAAGAAGUGUUCUCUUCCCACUAAAGCAAUACAUAACACUGGGGAAACAGACAGCACACGUGUAAAUAUCCCACAAGUGUAUGUAUUUUAUUAUUGUCAUUUUCUUGUUUGCAAGU